AUGGCCCGUCGCCUCAGUCACCACGACUAUACGGCCGGGUGGGUGUGCGCCUUGCCGGACGAGCUCACUGCCGCACAGGAGAUGCUUGACGAAGAACAUCAAAACCUCCCUCCGAAUCACACCGAUUCGAAUAUAUACACGCUAGGAUCUAUAGGGGCCCACAACGUCGUUCUGGCGUGUCUGCCUGCAGGCCAGACGGGUAACAAUUCUGCUGCGGCAGUCGCCAUGCAGAUGAAGAGCACGUUUCCGGACGUUCGAUUUGGGCUGAUGGUGGGAAUAGGGGGCGGCGCCCCAAGUAAAGAAGCGGAUAUUCGGCUUGGUGAUGUUGUGGUCAGCCAGCCGGGAAACGGUCAUGGCGGGGUGGUGCAAUACGACUUUGGAAAGUCACUACCAGGCGGGUUCAAGCGGACGGGGUUCCUUAACACUCCACCUAUGAUUCUACUCGCUGCCGUUACGAAGCUUCGAUCCAACCUCGACCGACGAAGAAGUAGUCUGUCGCCGCACCUGUCAAAGCUUAGUAACCUUCCCAAGUUUAGCCGCGAUCAAGCUGGAAGUGAUGUGCUGUUUGAAGCAGAAUACAAUCAUGCUGGAGAGGAUGACUGUGUAUCAUGCACAACCACGAGAACGAUACAAAGGAAGGUGCGGGCGGAUAAUACACCCAUGAUUCACUACGGUACAAUCGCAUCGGGGAACCAGGUGAUGAAGGACGGUGUAGAACGGGACAAGAUCAGCUUCGAAUUCGGAGGAGUUCUCUGCUUCGAGAUGGAGGCAGCUGGCCUGAUGAAUACCUUCCCGUGCCUUGUGAUCCGCGGAAUCUGCGACUAUGCUGACUCGCACAAAAACAAGAUAUGGCAGCCGUACGCGGCGGGAACAGCAGCGGCAUACGCGAAGGAGCUGCUAGGAAUAAUACCGGCGCCGGAUGUUGUGAAGAUAAAAACAGUCAGUGAAGCACUUAAUUCACAAAAGAGGCAAGCAAACGGCAAUGACGACGAUUUAGACCGAACUCCAUCAAAGCGCCGUCGCAUAGCCUGGGAAGACGACUGCCAGGAAAAUGAUGACCCUGACGAAACUGAGUAUGAGGGAAGCAGUGCUUUCGAUGAACUUGACUACACCGAGCCAGACACCACGCAGCAAUCCCUUCAAGACUUUUGGGGCUCAGAUAACUCAGAAAAUGAGAGCCAAGAGGAAGCAGAGGACAGUAGUAACGAGCACACUCGAGUUUCUGAAGAUUUGGAGACAUAUAUCGAAGACCGAUCUGACGAAUUGCCACCAAUAUCACAAAGCAGUGCCUUCGAUAAACUUGACUAUACCGAGCCAGACACCACGCAGCAAUCCCUUCAAGACUUUUGGGGCUCGGAUAACUCAGAAAAUGAGAGCCAGGAGGAAGCAUAG